AUGCCUUCGGUUACAGAGUUUUCUUGCGCUUCCGAGGACAUGGUAUGGAAUUCCGAAUCAACGGCUAGUUUUGAUGAAGAAAUCAAAGUCAAACUAGGACGGCUAUCUCCUGACAUAAAUAUAUUACCAGAGAAAAAACCAUGUUAUUAUACACCAGAUGUUUUUUCGCAUAAAUAUAGCGUGGCCAAAGAAGAGCCUGUUUCUCCGGAGUUCUCAGAUCUCGAAUCUAUUUCACACACCACUUGUUCUCUAUCUCCUGGAAUCUCUAUGACAAAGGAUGAUUGUCUCUCAAUCGAUAGUACCUCUUCUCUGCAUUUCGAACCGAAUAUAGAGAUUUCAACGACACCACCACCACAAUUUAAUAGUAAUGAAGAAUUCUCAGGGUCCAGUGUUCAGAAUAGAAAUCGAGAAGGAGGAAGUCAAUCUUCAUCAGAAGAAAGUAUUGAAUCCUCAGAUGAUAGUUACGUCACUUCAGAAGACGAGAUGUCUGAUUCAGGAAGCUUUGAAAAUGGCGUUGAUAUGAUUGAUAGAAUAUUGAACGCAGAAAGCAAUAUUCCGUCAAGCUCGUUGCCGCUGAUGACAAAAAAUGAAAUUGUUAAUGUAUUGGUUCCAAAGCCUGAGGUGGUGUUAAGCCCAGAUAUGGAACUUAUCGAGAUAGGUACCAUACUCCAUGUUGUUGAAGAUCAAGUGAUCGUACAAUCCAAUAUGUCCGGUGAGACUCAAGUUUUAGAUUUUGGGACAGUCUUGUUAUUGCAGGGUCCAAAUGUUUUGGGAACAAUCUUUGAAACUAUGGGACCAAUACAUCAUCCAUUAUACGUAAUUAGAUUCAACGAAAAAAGCGAAUAUAGUGAGAAAAUGGUAGUGAAAGAUGCUAAGGUAUUCACUUCUCCUGAAUUAAUAAAAUACGCAUUCACCCCGAUAAUUCGAGAGAUGAAGGGGUGUGAUGCAAGUAAUGUUUACGAUGAAGAAGUGAGCGGUGAGGAAUUGGAUUUUUCAGAUGACGAAAAAGAAUCACAACACAAAAAGUUGUUGAAAAGACAAAGAACUCGAUAUCAUCAGCAUGGUGAAGAUAAUGCGAAGCCGGAGGUAAUUAACUCUAGCGAGGGCAAAAUAAAACUUUCCGAGGGAAUUACAAAUAUGCCCGUCAAUGCAACAGAGUUGAUUGGUGCGAUAAUACCUAAUGUGUCACAAACGACAAAUAAUAAUACUCCGAGUGAGCAAUUGCGAUUCGGGGGUAGGAAUAGAAAGAGAAGUUGGGGAAAUCGUGGCGGACGUAGGAAAGCUACAAAUAGCAGAUCGAAUGAAGAUUCUUUUGGUUAUAAUAUUUUGUCAAGACCAGGAAUGUUACCACCAUCAUAA